AUAGUGGAGGAGCCAUCACAACUGGUCGGGCAACCACUGUCCUUUCGUUUGGUGGUCAAGCAGGCAUCCUGUCUCACUCCAAAAGAGCUGGCGAACAACGUAACGGUCCGCUAUAGGUGGCAGUUGGAUGAUGAGGAUACCAUUAUUCGGAUGAAGGGUUCGGCUGAGGACGUCUUCGUCUUUGAUUAUGAAAGAGAUAUCCAUCUCACACCUUGUUUAACGCGAGGGAUGUUAUCUAUCCUUCAGGAGGAAGCAAUUGCUCUUGAGGUGUAUGGAGAAUCGGCAGCAGCAGUUGAGGCUGGGAGGUUGAGGGAGGAGGAGAGGCGAGAGAGGAAUGAGAGAGCAGUCAGAUGGGCCACAGAGCAAGGUCCAGCGACAACUCGAUCCAUCGAUUAUGCGCAGCAGUUGCCUGGCGAGCCGAUGCGGCAGGAGAGUGGAUGGGUUAUGCAGAAGUCUCCAUCGGCUGCAGAGGACAUGCCUACAACUUCAGAAGUUGAUGCUGCGUCAUCGUCCAUGAAGCCAGCUGAGUUCAAGACGUCGAUGAUGUCUCGGUGUUGCCAUGUACAAUGA